AUGGAGUCGAUGAUAAUCAAACUCAAGAUCCCAGGUGAAGCCCGUUUCGAGUGCCCGACUUGCUCCAAGUGUUUCAGCAGCGUCAAGGCUCUAGGUGGGCACAAAUGGAUUCACAUGGAAAAGAAAAACAAGAGGAAUCAUCAAGUGAUGGAGCUCCAAGGUGACGAAAAUGGUGGUGACGUUUCUUGCCCCGUUUGCCACCAACCCUUCGCCUCCGACAAGUCCUUACACGGCCACAUGAGGAAGCACCCCGAGCGGGGGUGGAGGGGAAUGAUGCCUCCGCCCCCACUCGACCACGAGGCCGCCUCUGGGGCUUGUCAUCUCUUGGCUCUUGCCGGCGCCCAACCGCCUUGCCUCUUGCAGGAUAAGGGUAAAUCGGUUAUGGGUGAGAAUUCUUCUUUGUUGGCUACUACUUUUCAUCAUAAGACUCCUCUCAAAUCACAAAACAAUUACCCUUGUGAGAUAUGUGGCAAGUCUUUUAGGAGCUACCAGGCCUUGGGGGGUCACAAGUCCCACCAUGGCCGCCUCUCUAUGGAACAACCCGAAGGGUUUGCCGGGAUUUCCGGUCACGGGCAGCUGCCGGAGGACAAAGGCGAGGAGGGGAAUGAUGAUCAACCUGCAAAAGUAGUGUUUGAUUUUGACCUCAAUGAGCUACCAAAAUGGUGA